AUGGUUCUGCAUGUUAUGUUGGGUGAACUUGUAAGUUUGAAUAUGAGCAAUGGAGUUGGGGAAGGUGGAAGAAGUCAGAGCAGAGAAAAGAGAAAGCUUUUUUCAAUGCAGUGGCUCAGGUUUGCGAAGAGUGUAGAGGUUACUAUGUAUAAGGAACCUGCUCUUGAUACGCUUAUCGGUAUAGCGGUUCAGUAUAUCUAUAGCAUUGGGAAGACUGCUCAGUUGUAUGCUAGCAUAGCUGGUAUAGCAGAGGGUAUCUCUCUGGACAUUGUUCAGGCGUUAGAGGGUUUGGGAUCUGGUUCUGGUAUUUUAGUCACUUACUGUUGUCUUGCUGAUGUAGUCAAGGAUAUUAUUCGUUAUUCAGGAGAAGCGGAGGAGAUGCCGUUUGUUUAUGCUCGUCCCUGUUUCUAUGAGGUUGGAGCAGAACCUCCAGAUGAACAUAUCCCGGUUUCUCGAAACCAAAUUGUGUAA